AUGGAGGAUAAGUAUAUUGGACUUGCUUUGGCCAUGUCAUCAUCCUUGGCUAUUGGUACAUCAUUUAUUAUAACCAAGAAGGGUUUAAUGGAUGCAUCAGCACGUUCAGGUAAUACCAAUGGAGUUCAAGCCCUGCAAUAUCUACAGAAUCCAAUUUGGUGGGGUGGUAUCAUUACCAUGGCCAUUGGUGAAAUUGCCAAUUUUGCUGCAUAUACAUUUGCCCCUGCCAUUUUAGUUACUCCAUUGGGUGCAUUAUCAGUUAUUAUUGGAGCUGUUUUAGCAGCAAUUUUUUUAAAGGAAGAAUUGGGAACUUUAGGUAAAAUGGGUUGUGCUAUUUGUCUUAUGGGUUCAGUUAUAAUUAUUUUGCAUGCUCCUCCUGAUAAAGAAGUUGAAACUGUUGAUGAAAUUUUGGGUUACGCUACUCAACCAGGGUUUUUAUUUUACUGUACUGUUGUUACACUUUAUUCAUUAUUUAUGAUUUAUAAAAUUGUUCCAAAAUAUGGUUCUACUAACCCAAUGAUUUACUUAUCUAUUUGUUCUUCUGUUGGUUCUAUUUCAGUUAUGUCAAUUAAAGCAUUUGGUAUUGCUCUUAAGUUAACGUUGAGUGGAAAUAAUCAAUUUACUCAUGUUUCAACUUAUUUGUUUUUAAUUGUUGUUGCCUUGUGUAUUAUUACACAGAUGAAUUAUUUCAACAAGGCAUUAGAUCAAUUUGAUACCUCAAUUGUCAAUCCAUUAUAUUAUGUUACAUUCACCACAUUCACCCUUGCUGCAUCAUUUAUUUUAUUUAAAGGAUUUAAUACUUCAUCAGCAGUGGAUAUCAUUUCAUUAUUAAUUGGAUUUUUGAUUAUUUUCAGUGGGGUUUACUUAUUGAACAUUUCCAGAACCGAAGAUCGUGGCAAAGAUAGAGAAAUCUUUGGUGUUCACUCUUCAAAAGACAUGGCUCCACUAGAUAAUGGUGUUGGUGGAUUCUCAACUGUUCGUAGAUCAAUGCAAGUCAACAGAGUUGGAGAAUAUGACAAUGAAGAAAGUGUGGGAUUAAGAAGAUUUGACAGCUUUGAAAUAGAUAGUGGUGAUGAAGAUUCAAGAAAUUAUAGACAUUAG